AUGAAACAAGAGCCAGCAAAAAAAGGAGAAAGUGUCGAAAUAGAGAGUAGUCUAAAGAGCACAGAAGCAGACGUAUACGCACACCGCGAGCAAUGGAUAAAAGGAGGAGAAAUAAAAAGUAUUAGCGACCUCACAGUAUACAAUGGAAUGGAUGCACACUUGCUGAAAAGAGUCGAUUGGAUUGAAAUACCAGCACAAAAAGAAGUUCUUGAUAGAUUGGAAAAAAGCCAAAGACUUCUGGAGUGGGAGUUUCUCCCCAAAGUUCUUGCAUACUGGGUAAAAGACAACAUGCUAACCAUCAUAACAGAGACCAGAGGAUCAGCACUCCUGCGCCCGCUGCUGUCCAGAAAGCCCAUAGAGCUUCCCAGCUCGUUUUUGUGCUCAGUCUCAAAAAAAAUACUGCAGGCUGCAGUGAGCAUGGAAAGUGCGCAAGUAAAAGGAAAAGUUUGUAUAGACAACAUAAGCAUAACAGAGGAAGGGUCUGUCUACAUACACAAUGACUCUGUGUGGAAAGAGAUUCUUGGAAUGGCCAUCAUGGAUGUGCAGACAGAGGAAGAAAGGGCCCGGGAGAUAGGCAUAGCCCUGCUAUCCCUUGGAGCUGGAGAGAUACUCGAGGGUCUUCCCAUGUUCUCCAAUAUUGACAUGGGAGACGAGAGUGCGCAGUACAAAAUACUUGAGCAGAUCAUAAAAAUUCGCAUUCCCUGCUUCAAGGAGGUUGUAGUGGGCCUUUUAGGCUCCCCGUACACGCCACAUCUGCUGGAAGAGAUACUAGCCAUGCACUUUUUCUACCCUGAAGACGAGCAGGAGAUAGAGCCGUGCAGGUGCGCAUCUGCUGAUUAUCUGGAUGAAGAGGAUGGAGAAGACAUCUACUACAAAGAAACAGUGUUUGGCCACGGGCAGAAAAAGACAGAGGAAAUAUACGACCACGACGCAGGAGUGGCAGUCAAAGCGUCUACGCUAGAUCGAAACAAAUUUACAUUCCAAAUGCACUUCUUUAAAAGCAGCAAAAAGGUUUCUUUCUGUUUCAAUAGGAACGCAGACACGGUAGAUAGUGUAAUGAAGGAGAUGGAAGACGAAGGCCUGGCAGAGGAGAAUGAGAUCGGGCUGAUAAAGGCACACAUGGAAAAUCUCAUCAUAAAAAUAGACGAAAAUAAGUCAGACGAUGAGUCAAGGUCCCAGGAAGACGAAGGCCACGCACUGCCCAACUCAGAUUCUGUAGAGCUACCAAUAAAAGAGACACAAGAUGCUCUGGCUGCAGUGCCCUCCUCCACCCCAAGCGAUGCAUCAGAGGACAGCAGCGACUACUCGAUGAAAGAGUUCAAAGACUCGCAGCAAAUAAGCGAGUUUGUCUUUGAGGUAGCAGCCUGUGUAAAGCGAGCAAAAGGCACUGCAGAGGGAUGGAUUGUUCUUCUUCGGAAACAAGAUAUAAAGACAGUUGGCGACCUGCGCAUGCUUACGGAGGAGGACUGGGAGAUGCUCAAGCUUCCUGUUUUUGCCUCAAGAGCAAUGAAAAAUAUUUUGUAUGGCGAGUCUUAUACGCCUUAUAAGGAAAAAAUGCUGGGCAUUGAUGAGGAAAUGAAAGAGUACCUGAAUGAAAGCACGGUGGAAGACCUUCUACUCGAAACUGCACAGAAGCACGGGCGCCCAGAGCUGUUUAGUGUGUGGCUGCAGAAGGUCAAGUGCCAGGACAUAAGAACAGUUGGAGAGCUGAAGCUUCUAAGAGAAGAAGACUGGGAGCAGCUGGGCCUUUCUGUGUUCUCAUACCGAGCAAUAAGAAAUGCAAUGUUCAGACAUUAUAAGUGCCUGCACGCAUACUGA